GUUUAGAAGAAACCACAUUUUCAAAAAACAAUCCGCAAUUCUUCUUCUUCUUCCGGCGAAAAAAAAAUGCACAUACGCCGUCUCAGACUCGACGACGACGAUGAAGCCGCCGUCAUCGCCGCCGUCGAAGCCGUCGAAGCUCAACCUCUACCACAACCUCAAAUAGUUCCCUCGGAACCAGUCGUACUCUCCGACGAUGACGUCUCCGAUGACCACUCCCUUCCCACUCCUCCACCACCUCCUCCGCCGGUUCCUCCACCUCAGGCUUCGGAUUGUCCCGUCAACGAUUUUCUUCGCCGUUUUGGAUUCUGCAUAAAGAGAGACUCGCUUGCUACUUGUAUUCGCGAACUAGGGGAAUCGAUGAACGGCUUCCAAGGGUUUGAUGUUGCUACAAAGGCAAAACUCUGUUUCGAGCAGUUUCUAUUUUCUGAUCUCAAUUUCUGUGGUAGUGGUGUGCUCCCUUCGAAUGUUGCUUCCAUGCAUCUCGAUACUCUCCCUGGUCCCUACGUAUUGCAGGUUGAUGAAAUUGUCAAUCUCUGUUGUCCUCUGCGAAGCAGAUAUCAACAAGCUCCUCCAACGCGUAAAAGGUGCCUGAAGUUGUCAAUGACUGAUGGUAUUCAAAGAGUCUUUGGGAUGGAGUACAGGUCUAUUAAUGCUCUUGAAGUUUGUGCAUCUUCUGGUUUAAAGGUCGCAAUCUCUAAUGUACAAGUGCGCCGUGGAAUGUUGAUGCUGGUUCCUGAAACCAUUGAAGUAUUGGGGGGAUUAGUUGAGCAGCUGGAUGCUGCUCGAAAGCGGCUGGUUGAUGAACUAAAUAAGCCAGCUAGGGGAAAAAGAACCAUAAAUGGAGUGCUUCCUCCUUUAGCAACCAGAGCGACUCUUGCUGCAUGGGCUGCAAGUAGAGUUGAUGAUCUCAGUCACAGUAGCCCAACGUUGUACGGUACUAAUACUGUCCAGGCAAACAACCAAGCAGGUACCGGCCACAGGAUUUCUGGCACCAGUAACAACUUAACAACUGAAGAUACUUCACGCAUGAGUGCACAAAAUGCUACUUCCAAUUCAAUACCCCACAUGGUUUCAAACGUGGAGCAAACAAAUAUUGACAUGCGGCACCAGCAGGGUGCCGGCAUAACAACUGAAUACACUUCGCGCAUGGGUGCAGAAAAUGCUAAUUCCAAUUCAAUACCCCGCAUGAUUUCAAACACGGAGCGAACAAAUAUUGACAUGCGGCGCCAGCAGGGUGCCAGCAUAACAACUGAAUAUACUUCACGCAUGGGUGCACAGAAUUCUACUUCCAAUUCAAUACCCCACAUGGUUUCAAACGUGGAGCGAAUGAAUAUCGAUAUGCAGCGCCGGCGGGGUGCCAGUAUAACACCCGAAGAUGCUUCGCCUAUGGAUGCACAAAAUGCUACUUCAAAUUUAAUACCUCUCAUGGUUUCAACUGUGGAGUCAAUGAAUAUUGAUAUGCAGCGGUGUACCAAUCCCGUGUCCCAUAAUAGUUCAAUGGCUAACCAGACUUCUUCAAUAGCUGAGGAGAUGCAUAUAGAUACUGCUAAUAUUACCAUGGAAAACUCUGUUGACAACCAAUCUUCUCACAUGAACUCAAAUGUUGCAGUGGCACAUGAAGACACCAUUCAUGUAACAAGAGAAAGUUCUGUGACUGCAGUGUGUUCUUCUGUUUCUGAAAAUCUAGAGACAGAAAGGGGCAGAGUUCCUGUAAUCACAGGUAAUACUUCUCUGAACGGAUCUGCCUCCAAUGUUUUUAACAAUGAAGAUAUCCUGAUGGAGGACGCCAGUGACAAUCCACUUAUACUUUCUGUAGACCAAGAAGUUCCUUUCACAUACUUAGCUAGUUUGUCAGCCAAGUGGGCAGCAAUGAAGGAGACAGAUCCUCUGGUUCGGGGUAAAAUUAAGUGCUUUCUGACUGGCGUAAAAGGAUUCCAGUAUAAGAAAAGGACAACCUACGAGCUUCAAGCCUAUGUAGAUGACGGUAGCCUUAUUUCUGAAAUCCUCAUUGAUCAUGAUGUUGUACAGAAAGGAAUUGGUUAUUCUCCCAUGGAGGUCACUGCGGCUCUUUCUUCUUCUGACACAAAUAUAGUCAACAACAUGAAGGAGACUAUGCGCAAAUUCCAAACUUUCUUAGCAAACUUUGAGGGAGUAAUACUUGUGGAAUUAAAUAGAAGAUAUUCCCUUCCAAUUGCCCUUGACAUGAGUCAAGGCUGUCCUAAAUCUGAUGCGUGGUCCCUUCUGACAAGGCUGAAGUCUUAUCACCCUGCACAAGCUCUAAACCAUUUCCCUUCAGACACAAUCGUUUUAUCCCCAUAAUUAUUUGAAUGGCUGACGAUUCCUAAUUUGGAUGGGAGAGAGCUGGGCUCAAAAUUGUUGCAACCUAACGUAAUGUGAAUGACAAGAUGCCAUUCCAGCCCUUGUAUAUUGAAGAUGAUAAUAAAACUUUUCUCCGUGCUUCACCAAAAUCCUUGAUCCCUAAAACCUAGCAGAACUAAGAUGGACUUAGAAAUGUGGCUGUAUGAGAUAGCAUCGUGCUGCCAUCUGGUCUUAGGUGAAGGCUCAAAGUUGACCUAUUGAUGCGAGGAAGGCAUUUUACGUUCAGGUCCAGAGAAAAGUUGAUCAAUUUGUGGUUUCCAAAUUCAUCAAGACAAAGUAUGACCCUACCUUUGAUCUCAGGUUGCCGUUAGGGCUGGUGCACGCAGUGAAUGGCAUGUAACAAAUGUUUUAGUAAUUUAAUUUGAAAUGUAAAUUUUUUGUCAAGUAA